AUUAAAAAAAAACUGCCCGAGUGUAACAGACAACUAGACCGAUUUAUUUCCAAACAUACCAAGUGGAUGGCGUCUAAGAUAACAAUUCCUGUUAGUGAUUUUGAAAACUCCAAGACACCCCAGCAAGUGGGACGCCGAAACUUAUCUUACCAAAAUGCAGGAGAAAGAUUAAAAAGGAAACUGGCAUCGAAUCUGGCAAGUGAAAGUAACCACGACACAAGUCUUUUGAUUCAUGCAGCAACUGUUUCUGCUAGAAAAGAAUGCAAGAGGGACGUUGCCUUUGUUCUUAAAGAAACUUUAAAAACACCAGAAUUUCCAAGCGAAUCGAGGAUGCAAAUUCAAUGCCAAAAACCAACUCCUCUUUCACCAGAUGAAGCUCUAGCUUAUCUCCUGGAAAACACGCUGACAAAACAGCAAUAUAUAAGCACCAGGCUUUUAAAUAAAAGCCAUAACAGCGAUAUAUAUCCGCCGUAUAAUGAAGUGAUCGAAGCUAAAUUACAGUGCCGACCAGAGGGUAUAGAAGUAAUGGAAAACACUGCUCAAGUGCUAUUACAAAAUCUCUUGGAUCAUACAGCGCAAAGAUUAAUUAAGUUGCAAUCUGAUGUUUUCAAGGAAUUUUCAGAUAUCUUUAAAAUCAAAUUAAUUUGCAGCUACGGAUUUGAUGGGACAACUGGUCAUAGUGCUUACAAGCAGAAAUAUGAAACUGAAGCACUUGGCACACCAAUUUCUGAUCAAUCUUUAUUUGUAACUUCUGUCAUACCCAUACAAAUUAUAGAUUCGUUUGAUCGGCAUAUCUGGAUAAACAGAGCACCGCAGUCCAUUCGAUUUUGCAGACCUCUAAAAAUUGAGUUGAUAAAGGAAACUGCUGUCCACAUAAUGAUGGAAAAAAAUCAGUUAGAUAAUCAAAUUAAUAAUCUUACGCCAUUCACUUAUAAAUAUGAUGAAAAUCGUGACAUAGAAGUUAGCUAUGAAAUGCACAUGACACUUAUAGAUGGAAAAGUCCUAAACGUAUUAACAGACACUAAAUCUACUCAAUGUUGUCCGAUCUGUGGAGUCAGCCCAACACAAAUGUUGAAAAUCUCAAAUUUUAGUUCAGAAACCUUUGUACCAAAAGUAAAAGCUUUACAAUUUGGGAGCUGAGAUAAAAAAGUGGCAUAUAAAAGGAGAGGACAAGGUUAAAAUAAGUAUUCGAAAAAAAUAUAUCCAGGAGGAAAUGUGGAGAGAAAUGGGCCUUCGAGUAAGCAUGCCGAAGCAGAAUGGCAGCGGCAAUAGCAAUGAUGGUAAUACGGCAAGAAGAGCUUUCGCAAGUACCAAAUUCUCGUCGAUAACCAGCUUUAACGAACAUCUUUUGGAAAAGUUUCACAUUAUUUUAAUAGCAAUAUCAUCCAACUAUUUUAUAAAUUCCGACAAAUUUCGUUCUUUUUGCGAUAUAACUUUUCAAUUAUAUAUGCAAACGCAUCCAUGGUAUCCUAUGUCACCAACGAUCCAUAAAGUACUGGUCCACGGAUAUCAAAUCAAUAAUUCGGCGUUGGUUCCACUUGGAUGCCUAGGCGAAAAUGCGAGUGAAGCCCGGAAUAAACUUUACAAAAGGGACCGAUUAUCACAUGCAAGGAAAAAUAGUCGGAUCAAUACGAUGAGUGAUA